CUCCUACAUCCGGUAGGAAACCGCUAUGUCUGUAAAAACAUCCCGAGAAGGAAUCUGCCACACGCAACCAGACAGCUGUUCCUGAAAAGUUGCUUAUUUUCUAGGUUUGAAUCCUCUCCGAAAAACUGAAAACCAAAAUGAGAGGACGGACGUAACCGGGACUACUGCUGCCUCCUCAGCCGGCUGAAGGACGGAGCGGGACGGCCAGCCUCCCAUGGAUAGGCCCGGCAGGCUGCUGCUGCUCUCCGAACUCUGCGUCAGGAACGUAGCCUAUGAUGUGGCCAUGAGUCGGUUUCUGCUGACAUGGAAGAGACGGGUCUCCAGUCCGAUGUACCGCCCAUUCAGACCCAGCCUAAGUCACAGUGUGCCAGUGUCAGAGAUCAUCUCAGUCAGAGAGGAAGAUGAGGAGAGUGGCAGCAGACGGAAAGAUGACGGCAGCUGGAAGAAGAUCAAAGAUGGAGAUGGAACAGACUGCAGGAAGUCCUUCACAGUGUCUUACGUGGAGAGGUGUCGGCAGCACCGCUGGCGGUGUGCCGAGGUUACCUUCAUGUGUACAGAGGGGGCACUCUGUCAGACCUGGGUCAGCAGCAUCAGAGAGCAGCUAGCCAGCAUCUCCAGCAGACCCAGAAGCCUGCUGGUCUACAUCAACCCAUAUGGUGGGAAGCGUCAGGCCAAAAACAUCUUUGAACAGAAGGUGGAGCCACUGUUCGCUCAGGCUGGGAUCUCUACUCAUGUUAUUGUCACAGACUAUGCCAAUCAUGCGAGGGAUCACUUGAGGACAGAUGCUGAGAUCAACAAGUUUGACGGUGUAGUCUGUGUGGGAGGAGAUGGCAUGUUCAGUGAGAUCAUCCACGGUCUGGUAUGGAGGACACAGAUUGACUGCGGUGUAGAUCCCAACUGUCCUGAUGAAACGCUGUCUCCCUGCUCGCUCCGCAUCGGGAUCAUCCCUGCAGGUUCAACAGACUGUAUCUGCUUUGCCACAGUUGGAACCAAUGACCCAAUCACGUCUGCACUGCACAUUAUAGUGGGAGACUCUCAGCCAAUGGAUGUGUGCUCGGUUCACCACAACAACAUGUUCCUGCGAUACUCCGUCUCUCUGCUGGGAUAUGGUUUCUAUGGCGACGUACUUACUGACAGUGAGAGGAAAAGAUGGAUGGGCCCAGCCAGAUAUGACAUAUCAGGUGUGAAGAUGUUCCUGACUCACCAUUACUAUGAGGGCACAGUGUCCUACCUGCCAGCCAGAGGUAUCAUUGGAACCCCACGAGAUGAUGGCAGAUGUCUAUCUGGCUGUGCAGUUUGUCAGCACAAUGGACAGAUACAGACAGACAAAGCCGAGAAGUAUGAGACUGAUGAAGCUUCAGACUACGAGAAUGAUGGAGAGUGGAGGACGAUCCGAGGAAAGUUUUUAGCUAUUAAUGCCGCCAGCAUGAGUUGUGCUUGUCCUCGCAGCCCCAAAGGACUCUCACCUGCUGCUCACCUAGCUGACGGCACCACUGACCUCAUCCUGGUCAGAAAAUGUUCGCGCUUCAACUUCCUUAGACACCUCCUGCGACACACCAACAAAAAUGACCAGUUCGAUCUGGCCUUUGUUGAGGUCCAUCGAGUGGUGCGUUUCCACUUUACCCCUCGUUACUGUCAGAGCGACUCAGAACUGGAGCUGGACCUGCUGGAGAAUGGCAAACGGCAGAUCUUUAGCAAAAUAUGCCGAGACCACCCGGCUUGUAGCUGCGCACCCACCUACAGCAGCUGGAACUGCGAUGGUGAGAUCCUGACCCACACAGCCAUCGAUGUCAGAGUUCACUGCCAGUUAAUCAAGUUGUUUGCACGAGGGAUCGAAGAGCCUCAAGUAUUCGAGGACCUCAGCAAUCCCUGUGCAAUAUAAACCUGUCUCCCCUUUCCAUCAUGUUUUCCUCAUCAGACACUGGAGCAGUUUCCAGCUGCAGUCUUUAUGCUCUUUAAUGAUGAGUUCUGCACAGAUAUCAGCAGCACUUUGCUUACUAGGUUAGAAGGUAGAAACAAACAGGGCAUUCUGCAAAAACUUUAGAUAUCAGACAUUUAAUACUUUGGUCUACUUGUAUAACUGGGAACACAAACCAAAAGGUAUUAGCGUUGAUGUCUAAAGGAGUUCUGAAAAUAUACAGACCGUCUGGCAAGCUCCUGUCUGGGUUCUGUCAGUUGUCACCUGCAAUUUACAGAUCAAGGAUUCUUGAUAGAAAAGUUCAAAAUAGCAUUUGUGAUCCCGUACCUUCAGAACGGCCAUCAGAACUGGAGACAGAUGCUAUUUUGUCUUGAAGGCGAGACACACCCCAAUCAACUAAGUUGGAGAAUGUACUGUACAAUGAAUAAUUCAGCUGUCUUGUUGAUGAUAUAUAAUCAUAUCAAUAAGGAGGCAGUUAGUUGUGGCCUAUAAAACAUGAAAACAGCUAUUCCUGCAUGGAGGAACAGAAGCUCUAAAAAGCAUGGAUUUGAAGAGCCUGACAUACAGCUCUGUAUCCAUGCACUUGAGAUGCCUGGACCACACAGAGAAGCAUACAACCAUAGUCCUAUUUUUUUUUUUUGUGCUGAGCUGAACAGCCACACUGCUCACAGAUUUAUAGUUUUCAUUACACCUUCAGAGUAGCCGUUAAUGUGGUUUAUACACUGUCUACUUAGAAGAGGAGAAGACGAAAAGAGCCAUAAAGAAAGAAUAAAGUAAUUUAUCACCAGAAUAUCAUUGCAGCGUUUGUAUCCUUGUUGUCUUUUAACAGAUAAAUUAUCCACACUGAUGAAAACAGCAGCUCUGUCCUCCCUCUAUUUCUUUAAAACAAGCUUUUUUGUUGUUUCUUCUUCUCCUCAUGGUGGGUUGUUUCUUCCAUGAAAGAGUAAAAGCUGACACUUUGCCCUUAAGUGUCUAAGCCAGCAAGAGAUGUGUUCAACAGUAAGAAUGAAGUGGUGGAUGUCCGAACAGCAUUCCAUUCCAAUUCAUUUCCCUUCACUGGCUUCUUUUAUCUAAGCAUGCGUUUUUGCUGGACAGGCGGUUCACCUGUGAGACGAGGUGAAUUAAAAAGGAACUAGUCUUUGCCAAAUCCCAGAGCUACCUAGUGAAAAGGCCUGUGGAAUCUCACAUUCUAUUGGGCUACAGAAUUAGGUCUGGUGACUAUUAGUUAUGACUCAGCUGGAACAGAUUUUACUUGUGUUCCUGUUUUUCCUCUUCUAAAGAUAAUUUGGUAAGAACCAUUGCCCUAUUGCUCGCUGUACAGUUCGGUCCUUUUACAUCCCAUCUCAGUUAUGGUGUGUUCAAUACUAAAAGUUGCCGGUGGGGAGAAAUUCUAAAACUUGCGGUGCACAAAAUGUACAAAAACUGUGCAUUGACACGUCCCCGCACACGUAGCCUUCAUACAUUCCGAUUUGCGGUGAAUUCUGUGCAGCUGCACGUGACGCCGGAACCGCCCAGUCUAUAUAUAAGUAGUAUAAAUAAUACGUAGGCACCUACCACGUGUCCAUAUAACCAUGGCAAUGGAAGCAGUCAGUAAGGCAAGAAAGAAGAGAUUCACUGAAAAUUAAAUGCAGAACUCAGAGUUUGAGAUGAAGGCAAUAGUUCAAAUUUAUUUGGCAGUAUCUGCCGCAGUAUAAGUAAUACAUUUUAAAAUUUGAGUGGCAGAAGGUAAAAUGCCGUUAACAUGGUAGGAGCUGAAUUACGAUUCUUGGUCGGAAUAAAACUUAUUUAGCAAUUUAUUUAUUAAAUCCAAAGGACGCCGUCUAGCUUCUGCAUUGAGCUCCAUUAUAGUUUAGCUUGAAUGUUCCUCCAUAUUUCUAUUAGGAAGACUAUUACCACACAAACGAUGUGAAGUACUUUUAAAUCUUUAAAACCAUUCAGGACCUCACAUAAAAAAGCAGACAGUUAAAAACAUCACAGAAGCCAGCCAAUCGGCAUGGAGCCUGCUUAAAGUUUGUUCCCAACGCAACUAUAUUAAUUAGAAUAAUUCUAAUUAUUAUUAUAGUAUGAAUGAAUCUUCAGUUGAGGUCAACAUGUGUUUGAGACAUUUGCGCAUCACAAAUAGGUUGCACAUAUAUUAAAUGGCGAUGCCUUCUAUUCAGAAAAGAAAAUUAAUUUACAGGUGGCGUCCUUAUACCAGUCCAUAGCUCUGAUUACAUUUAGAAACUGGCAAAUUGCAAUAUAAUGUUUACCAUUUAGCCACAGUUUAAGGGUAUUUAAUAUAUCCGAGCAACAUACGAAUGAGGUCCUCCCAUAUAUGGCGGGCAUGGCCCGGCUCAGGGAUGACUGUUAAACACAUGACCUGUCAGUCAGCUCCUUCUGAAAGUGAGAACUUGAACCAGCACCGGCGACGCAUGGUUCCUCCUGGUUUCCCUCUGUAACACUGAGGCCAGCUCCGUUCAGAGCUCCAAAAUGAUUGUCCUGGGCAAUCUAAACUGGCUGAUAAGCCAUGCAUUAUCAUGUGCCAGCAGAUCAGUUUGAUCUCUGAAAAAGACUUCCUUCGGGGAUGUCCUCCAGCUGAUCCAAAGCUGCCAUCGUUCCACAAUAACACACAACUUUACGCAGCAAAUUAUGGACAUGUGUGGUUGUCUCCAGCUUGCUCACCUUAUGAAUCAUAAAACCUGACUUGUAUGGAAUUAAUCUGCUGAUCCAACAGUUUCCUUCUCAAUAAGAAUGAAAGUGCCCCUUAGAUGAUUCACAUGCAUUUUAUGCUCCUCAGACCGAUGAACAUUUCCAUCUACUGGUGACAGAAACUGAGGAAGUUUCACAGUUUACAUCCGACUGAGUUUUCUUCACAUGAUCAAAAGUAGACAGCAAAUAAUUUAAACAAUAUCAAUUAUUCUGAUAUGGCAUAACGGAUAUAGGUUUCCCUUUUCGUGUCUGUAGCAUUACUUCAAAUCUCUUUUUGUCAGUCCUCAGAUUGUGGCUUGAAUUAGUUUCUAAUCCAGUUACUCAGGAUUGAAUGAGUUGAAUAGCACACUAAUUGCGGUUUUUCCUUCCACCUUUGCACAAAAGUGAGAGUAAAAACUUGAGCAAAUUACUUUCUGCUUUAACAGCAUGUGUGCACACUUCCUGUUCAGAUCAGACAUUGUCAAAAUGAGUAUUAUUUAAUUUGUUGCAAAGGUUUUAUUUGAGCCAGUAAAAUUGGACAUUCUGAAACCAUCUGUUAGUUUGAAGAACCUCAGGAUCAUUCUCUUUUGUAAUUGUCUACAAAUCAAGGAUUUACAUACAGCAUUAGUGUUGGUAGGACUUUUGCAAACAAGAAUAUUAUUUGCGUGAGUAAAAUAAGAACCAAUAAUGUAUCGUCACAAUAUUUAGUGCAGUUGAUAGAGGUCUACUCCGAGGGAUGAAAAAAUAUUGCAGAAGAAAACUUUAAAAUAAGGAUGUGGACAGGAUGUUCAUUUGUAUAUAGAAUCAGUUCCUUGGUUCAGCUGUUUGCUGUUAGAUAAAUGCACUGUGCUAUAAAAAAUAGCAAGUAGAGCGUACUAGAAAGGUUUGUCUGGAAGUCACGAUUUGAUAUUUAAUCUUCAGCCCAAUCAGAUGAAACGACACAGCCAUAAACUAGGCUGUAAGCAUGUCGUAGCUUAGCUUUGGCCACAUCUGUAGCUGCUGCUGUGCCCAUUAGUUUUUAGGAUAUGUAAUCAAAAUGUAGCAGCCUCUCAUGUAACACAUUUUAAUAUGUUUAAGUUUUUUCUAAGAAAAUAUUGGGAUUGAUUUCCCUCUUUCUACAGAAUGAACUCUCUUCUAUGCAACUGACUGGUGCCAGUAACACUGUUCCCUAUCUCACCAGGUGUGCUGGCAUAUUGAUAAACACGUUAUGUAAGUCAAAAUAUGUGAAAAUUAAGGAGUUUGUGUAGGAGACUAGGGAUGUGUGUCACAUUUCUGAGUAACAGAACAGGAGAUCUGCUGUAUCACAUUAUUUUUGUUAUGUCACCACCUUUGUUUAUUUUCUUCCAAUAUUAGGAAUGUGAUGAGUGUCCCUUAGUGGUAAGAUGAUUAUUAUCCAAAUUAAUCAGAAAGUAAGUUUCAAGCAUAUGACAUGCGGAGGAAACUACAGUGUCUGCAGUGUGUCAAGAGAUUAGAUGAUUUUAGGGUCAUUGGUCCUAUUUGAGUUGCUCUUGUUUGUUCUGUAGCAGGGGUGUGCAUGUGCUGCAUACAUGGCCUGUGAGAGCCGUGGGGCUCAUGUGAUAGAAUGUGUUGACAUUUACAAAUACAAAAAUAAAAAUCUGUGAAAACCGGA